AUUUUGAUCUCUUCCUUAAGAUUGGAUGUGGAGGAAUCUGCUAAAGACUCAGUGACUCGAGUGAUAGUUACAAGAGCAGACGAAGACGAUAUGAAGCUAAUCAAACAAGAAUUCCAGAGCAAAUAUGGAAAUACCUUGGCUGCAAAGAUUCAAGAAGUUGCUAAUGGAAGCUACAGAGAUUUCUUGCUCACCAUAAUUGCAAAAUCUGACUAAUUAAUUUAGCCCAGACUUUGUCACAUUGAAAUUUUCCCAACAGUUGUUCCAUGUUCUCAAAUGCUUGUUUAAUUUCCCCUUUUGCUUUUAAUUUGCUUCGAAGUCCUUUACUCCAUUUAUGUAUGAUUUCUUUGUUUCCAUUUCAGUCGAAUAAUUUCAACUUUAUACUUUAAUUUCA